ACUAUCACUAUCUUGCUGCUCCAUUCAACUAGUAAUUUAAUCAUCUUUCUUGACUAAAAGACUAGACAAGACUCAUUUGACCACUGUGCUAGGUAGACGAUAAAAAACUGAAUUGAACGACAUCCAAAUCAUAUCUUCACUGCUAUGUGUUAAAAAAUGGCAGACCAACCUUUCAUAUAGUCACAUACUUAAUGAGAUAUAGAUUCACAAAAUUUUAAUUUUUUUGUGUACUUCAAAGUCAGGUUGCGCCUUAGCGGGUAAUAGUAAAACAUGAAGACACCCACAGACACCUACAGAUACCCACAGACAUCCACUUCUACAGACGUAGAAGUGGAUGUCUGUGUGCUGUCUGUGGGUGUCUGUAGGUGUCUGUAGGUGUGUGUCUUCAUGUUUUACUAUUACCUGCGUCUUAGUUUAUAUGUAUUUCGAUAGAGCAUGAAAUUCUCUACAAGAUGGCUGACUCAUUUUUAAGAUUUGUUUUGAUCCUGAUUUCUACUAUAUAUCAGAAGUAAACCGACUAGGGAAAAAUGCGACAUACGUCCAGUUUUUACUAUUUCUUAUACUAGCAAAGAAACACGUACAUUUUUUGAAAACGUAGCUCCAUCAGCAUUGAUAUCCCUUGGAUCAGAAAUCGUCACAAACAUAUGAAUAGUGUCAUUGUUACUGAUCAUACAUUUUUUAUUCACUUUUCUUACUUAUCGAUACAUUCACUCUCUAUUACACAUACAUACACACACAAACGUUUAUUCUUUAACAAACAUCAUAAUAUCAUUUUCAAUAUUCCAACUUGUAUAAAAUAUGUCGGAUCUACAUUCACUGACAAGAUUCAGCUUCGGCGAUAUUGAAAAAUAUAUUAAACUUAAACUUGAUAAAAUAUGUCGUGGUGGUGCUGAUAGCCAUAUGAAAAACUCCAUGGUGCAUCAGAAAUCAUUUGCAUUACAUUUGGAAAAAGGACAUAUUUUGAGAAUUGUAAUUAAAUGUGAUGGUACAACAGUCGAUGUUAGUGGAAAUGUGAAACAUACUAUGGUCAAACACAAUGUUUGUUGUGUGAAAAUUACGUUUGCUGACCUAAGUGCACCUGGUAAAUGA